GCCGUCGCCCCGUCCGGCCAUGAUGGUGGACGGGCAGACGAGACGACGCACUCCCUCGGCCGAAGGACCACCGAGGGCUCCCGGCGUUGGUGGCGUGGGCUCCUCUUCGUGCUCCGACGGCGGCUCGGCCGACCACGACUUCGCCAAGGAGCCGAGCUCGCUCUCGGUGCCGCCCUCGGCGCAGCAGCCGCCCUCGGCGACACCGGGAGGAGGAGGCGUGGGGCAGCCGCCCUCGCCGGCGCCCACGGACUCCGGCACGCCUCCGCCUUCGAGCGUCCACGCCGCAAGCGCCAGCCGCUCACGCUGGCUCAAGCUGCGCACCACGGUCCAGCUGUCUGGAGCCAUCAGCCACAUCCAGAAGAAGCCUCCGCUCAAGCGAGAGGAUUCGUUCCUCAAAAGAUUCUCGACGCGACACAUCAACGAGCCUCGCACGGGGGGCAGCGACUCGGCGACAUCGCCGGCGGGCGAGUCGCGGCCGCGCUUCUUCUCCAAGCCCAACUGCGAGCGCCUUCUGCUGGGCGUCAUCAACCCGGACGAGAACGCGCUCUUCGUCUGGCUCUGGAUCCUCACCUGGUGCGUGCUGUACAACGCCUGGGCGCUCAUCCUCAGACAGACGUUCACCGAGCUGCAGACCUCUUCCGUGCAUCUCUGGUUCGUGGCUGACAGCUUCGCCGACUUGGUGUACCUGCUGGACAUAGUGGUGCAGUUCCGCACCGGCUACCUGGAGCAGGGGCUCAUGGUGUGCGAGGCCCGCAAGCUGGCGGGCCACUACGUGCGCUCCAAGCCGUUCCUCAUGGACCUGCUCGCGCUCACGCCACUCGACCUGCUCCAGUUCCAGAUCGGCAUCGCGCCGCUUCUACGCUUCCCGCGCUUCAUCAAGGUGUACCGCUGCUACCGCUUCUACUACAUGGUCGAGUCGCGCACCAUCUACCCGAACCUGUGGCGCGUCGUCAACCUCAUACACAUACUGCUGCUGCUGUCCCACUGGUUCGGUUGCUUCUACUACAUGCUGUCCGAGUUCGAGAACUACGACGGCGACUGGACCUACCACAAGCCGGACUCGCCCGAGUGGAAGGCGCUGGGACGAAAGUACCUCGCCUCCCUCUACUGGUCCACGCUCACGCUCACCACUAUCGGGGACCUGGUCACGCCCAGCUCCAACCUGCAAUACAUUUUCACUAUUUUGUGCUAUCUCAUCGGCGUCUUCAUUUUUGCAACAAUUGUAGGUCAAGUAGGCAAUGUAAUUACAAACAGAAAUGCAAGCCGCCUGGAGUUUGAAAGAUUACUGGACGGUGCCAAGCUGUACAUGAGGCACCACAAGGUCCCUCACCAAAUGCAGAGGAGAGUACAGCGAUGGUACGACUACUCCUGGUCGAGAGGAAGGAUGCAGGGCGGAGGUGAUAUCAACUCAGCCCUUGGCUGCCUGCCGGACAAGCUCAAGACCGAGCUGGCGCUCCACGUCAAUCUUAAGACGCUAAAAAAGGUAACGAUCUUCCAAGAGUGCCAGCCCGAGUUCCUGCACGACCUAGUGCUCAAGAUGCGUGCCUACAUCUUCACCCCCGGGGAUCUGAUCUGCCGAAAGGGAGAGGUCGCGCGAGAGAUGUUCAUCAUCGCCGAUGGCAUACUCGAAGUGAUCAGCGAAACUGGAAAAGUGCUCACUCAAAUGAAGGCCGGUGACUUCUUCGGUGAAAUCGGCAUCUUAAAUCUGGACGGAUUUAAUAGGCGAACGGCUGACGUCCGAUCUGUAGGCUACUCGGAACUGUUCAGUCUCUCUAGGGAAGACGUUCUCUCUGCCAUGAAGGACUAUCCCGAAGCUGAGGAGAUCCUGCAGGCGAUGGGUCGGAAGCGGCUCAUGGAGGCGCGCCUGGCGGCGUCUGUGAAGAAAGCGGACGACAUCAUCUCGCGCAGCACCGGUGGAGGCACCGUCACCGGUGCCGUGCCGGGGUCGACGACGGGUGCCGGCGACGGCUCCGCGUCGCCCCAGGGCUCGGUGCACUCGAGGGGCCCGCGCUCCAUGGACGCCAUGCGUAGACUGCGCAAGGACGUCAAGAACAUCAGGCAGCUUCUCAGGAGCCGCACCAACACCACCACCCAGAAACCACCAGACAUACAGCUUGAAAUGGACCCUGUCCUGUCCUCAAUGGAUGAUCACCAAGAGGACAGCGAGGCGGUGACUCCAUCUACACCGGUCACCAAGUCAUUACAUAAGUUGCUAAGGCGGUUCCAAACCCGCCAGGAUUCUCAAGGAGGCCAAGCACUCAAAGGCCUUGUCACCAGCAUGUCAUGCAUCAAGGGCGAAGAAGAGCUGGCCGACCUUGCCAAGAGACCAUCGGCUCUCAAGAGCAUGGGCCCAUCUAUGGGGACAUCUACCAACCAGGAGUCCAGCGGCAGCAGUCCCGUACAACCCAUCGGCGCUGGGCUUCCUCUGCUGACGCGCAUCAAAAUGCUCCGGGAUGCAGAGAAAGCAGCAAAGGCUUCGGCUCCCAGCGACGCCCCUUCCAAGCACGUGUCGAUUUCGCCCGGCACUGGAGGAGGCGGCGGCGUCCGAUCGCGCCGCGAGUCGUACGCACAGCAAGACCGCGCGACCACGCGCCUCGAACCGACAACGCACUCGAGCUUGCUCGAACGGCGAAGGCUGUCGCGGCUGCAAGCAAGCAUGUCCUUCGCCUCACCGGAAGUGACAGCAGCCGGCAGGUCGUCAACGGCAGAGAAGGCGGGAGCGGCGACGUCUCGCAAGAGCGUCGCCGACCUCCUACAGCGGCUCAAGCCUGUUGGCGACUCGACGAGCAACAAACAGCCAACACCGACCGUCACGCUCCAGGUGCAUCCGCCCCCACCCAGCGACCCGGCCGCCGAGGCGGUGGCAAACCAAAACAUCCCGCUCCUCAAGCGAGUCCUCCUGCUGAAAGCCAUGGAGGACAAGAAGGAGAAAGAAUCCAAGCUUCAAACCACUACCACCGCAGCCGCAGCCGCGGCGUUGGCGCCGUCGGCGUCAGCGGACAAACCAAGUGCCUCAAGUAGUAGUGUUGUGUCUACAAAGCUCUCGCCUCCGCGACCGGACACGCUUUCUUUGAGUCCGCAGAGAGAAUCCGCACCACCGGCAACAUCAUCGGCUCAGGCGUCCGUGCGAACCCAGCCGGCACCGGCGAGCGCAGAGUCAGGUUCCGACUACGGACCUCCGCAGAUGUUGUCGCCUAAGUUUGAACUGGAAGACGAGGUAUUUCGCAGCCCCAGCCCGGUGUUAGAACCACGUGGCGGGAGCGCCGUUAAUGGCGGGGGCACCUUGCGGAGCGGCGGCUUCGCGACGGUUUCCUCGGGGCCACCGGUGACAUCCGCCAACUCUGCCAUUCUUUUACCGCAAGGAAGCGUGAUCAGCAUGUCGCAACGGGGCGCUUUGGACACGCUAGAAGAGGCGCAGCACAGCUCGGCCGACUCGGGAAGCCUAGACAUCCAGAGGGAGCCGCAGCACCAGUCGCAACCGCAACAACAGCAGGUGGACGCCAUGGCACGACUAGCACCCGUGGUACCGCCCGGUACGACUACCAACUCUCAGCAGUCCUUCAGGAGCCGACUGUGGAGCCGAAACACGAUGGAAGGACAUGCGGCGAGACGUAGCUUGCUGCAAAGAAUGGAGGCCGUCGAACUCGAAUCGACGGACGCCGGGUCGUACCAGGCGCCGCCGUCCAGGCGACCGCCGUCGCCAAGGACGACGACCCGAGCUCAGGGCAACGGCGGAGAGCAUCUCAGGGGCCGCAUUCGGAAAGUGAUCAUCGAAAGGCCGUCACCGGAGAACGGCCUGGAGCAGUGCCUUGUCUCGGAGCUGCUCACGCAGGAGGACGGUAUCGAGCAGUACGUGGCAGCCGCCAUGAAGCACAUCAAAAUUGCCUUCAAGACAUACCUGCACGAGACCCAAGACGAACUACGUAAUAAGGUAGCCCUUCUAGAAGAUGACCUCAAGCGAAAGGAUGCUGUGAUAUGUGACCUUCAGCGGAAGCUGCUUAUAAAGGAACAAGAACUCAGUCGCUUGGAGCAGGAAGUCAGCUACCUCGAAGAAGUGAGCAGCCUAAGCGACACUAGUUUGACUUGGUCCGAUGAAGAGGACCUCGUAUUGACGAACGAGUCCGUGGAUAGUGCACGAGCCGAUCCCCUCCUCGAGGAGGAGGAGGAGGAAGAGGAAGAGGACGAUGGGGGCGAGCGGGGGCGAGCCCGGCGCCUGGCCGCGCCGACCGCCGCCGCCGAGCACGUCGCCUCCUCGGCACGCGGAGGGGGGCGACCCUUCCUGUACUCGUGGCCCCGAGCCAGCCUUCCCAACGCGCGCUCGCACCACCGACACCGCACGCCCCACAGCUCGUCGUGGCAUGAGCCUUCACUCUCGGCACUGGCCUCUGCCUCCGACUCCGCACUGUGUGGGGUGGCAGCGGCCAGGCUAAAACCCGAGGACCUGUGGAAGCUGGAGUUCCCGGCGAGCCAGGACCAAUCCAAGGCGACCAGCAUCGACUUGAGCCUAAGCACGAGUAGGAUGAGCAGCGGCGGCAGCUGCACCACGCUGCCGGACCUCGCGGCGCCGCAGCCGUUCAGCCCGCCCGUGAGGUCGGGCAGCGCGACCUCGCCGCUGCUCACCUAUCCGCGACCGCCGACGUCGACCAACUCGGACGACUGGGAGGUGCAGAUGCUCGUCGAAGAGUUCGAGAAGAAAGUCCAGGAGGAACAGUGCGGCAGCCGCCGCCACUCGAGCUGCGAGCCGCUGUCCUGGAGCCGAGCGCUCUCUCGCACACUGUCGCACGUCGCCGCCGCCGAGCCGCACCACAAGCGACACGCGACGUCCACGUCAUCGCCCUUCAGCUCCCAGGAGGAAGGGCGAAGGCGGCGCCUGCGACGCAAGCACAGCCUGCGAGACGACCGCCUCCUGCGGUGCCUGGCCGGCCGCCAAGCCACGGCGACGGACGCCAGACCCAAGCUGACCCGGUUCGCCUCGCUGGACGUGCCUCGGUACCACCGCCAGCAGCAGAAGCAACAGCUGCUGCACAACCACUACGGGGACGAGUCCGGUGAGGCCGGGGCAUUUCCCGAGAGCAGCUCCAGCGACCACCUUAGAUCUAGCUCGUCCCGAGGCGCAGCGCUCAAGCGGCGCGCCUUCUGGCAGUCCCGGCAGCGGCACAACACGUUUUUCGCCGGCCAGCCGAGCUCGUCGGGGCUCGCCAACGACAAGCAGAGGCUCCUCGGUGCCUGGCGUAGUCUAGACGAAGAGUGCGAACCGCCCGAGGACGACCACCGCCGACUCCAGGAGACGUCCUUCUCCAACGAGUGCCUCUGGCAGCCGAGCCCCGCGCGUUCUCAGCCCGCCGCGGUGCUCGUGAAGCAGGCGUCCGCGGUGUCGUCGUCCUUCAGCUCGCACAUCGCAGGCUGGCCGUCCACUCCGUGCCUGCCGACCAUCAAGGAGGACACGGGGCCCGGAGGGGCCGGCGGUGCCGGAGGAACCGGCCGCCACGACUUGACCAAAGCGCUCAAGCUCUCUUCGAGUGGCUCUCGGAGCUACAGCGAGAACUGUCUCGCCGACGCCGACGUGGGAGCGGCCACUCAGCUGUCCCUGACGAGACGAAGCUCGUCGAGCGGCGGCGGAGGCACGUCGUCUUCGAACUCCUCGACGGAGACGACGAUACAAGAGCCGGCAUCGAGCCCACAACAGAGGCAGCAGCAGCAGCAGCAAUGCAUUUCUUCUUCUACGAGGACGACUGUGGCAAUGACCGAGACGAUCGCGAGAUCGACGGGAGGACUGACGACCGUCUCGGCGGUGCAGGGCAAGGCCGACAGCGUAGCGAUAUCUAUACCUGACACGGAACCCAUCUGGAGUUUACCCUAGCGCUAUAAGAAAGAGAAACACAGACACACAGACACACAGUCUCACCGUAGCGAGAGUACGUAGAGACCUUCCUCGGUUCGGAAAUUGCUCUUAAAGAACGCUAGAGGAAACCAGCGCUUGAGCGUAUGCAUGGCCUUUGAUUCAGUGUGAUUGGUUGUUCCGAGUCACGAUGUCGUGCACGGUGUCGUGUUUCUGUCCUGGUCGAGGUUUACGCGUCUACGAGCGGGGCGAGCUUUGGUUAAUCGUUGAGGCUGUCGCUUCAUUCAUUAUUUAACGCUUCAUUCGUUUUGUCUUUUUAGAUCGUAAUUAUUUGCGCAACGUUGCAGUGCAAAAAGCUUGCAUUUUUGUAUUUGCUGAACAUGACUUGCGAUUUCUUAUCGUAUUGUCAACUGGUUGUACCGUUAUGCAGAAACGGUAACAUCGUUACGAUACAGCACGGUUAACCCUCGUGUCACAGGUGCAUUUUCAAUGACCAUUGAAACCAACGACCGUCGAUCUCAACGACCAAUUCACUCUACUACUUAAGCGCCUUUAACGACAAUUGACUCCAUUGUCAUUGUCUCGAUCGACGGAUCAUUUGAUAAAGCCUACCGAUAGCAUCCUUAGCGUAAUUGAUAACAUGGAUAACGUAAGGCGUAUUUUGAUGUCUUCUUCAAAAGAAUAGCUGUUUCUUGAACAAAUCUUUAUCAGAGUCAUAUACGGUAUCUACCGCCGCCCUGGUUUCGGCAGAUGAACACUUCUAAGAUAAUUCAAAUUGCUCCGUGGCGGCGAUGGAAUCGGGUGAGCUUGCAGGUUUUAUUUGCAAUUUCAAUCGUAGUUGAAAGUGCGCGCGUGGCACGAGUAUUACUUGAAUAGAUCAGAUAGGCAAUCUUACUAAAACGAAUAUUUACCAGCUCAAGAAACCGCGUUAAUGCAACAUAUACUAUACUCCGCUGCUUAAGGCACGCGGGCUGUUUCGCGCUGUCGUACGUGGAGUCUUCUCAGAUCAUAUAUAUGUUCAGGCUGCGAGACAAGAUGGCAUGCUGCGUAGCGAGUGAAUUCGCGUCUGACUGCCGCGGAGUACCUCGAUAUCGCUCCGCAGUGGGUUCAGUAAGCAGAAUGUGUUUUGUUGAAGCAAUGCUGUUACAGUAUCGUCUCGUUACAAUAUUGUCCGAAUGUCGGGUUCUGGAACAUGUUUGCUGCCCUAGAUCCACGGUGCUGGUGCUUCUUAUUAUAUUAACAUUGUCAACACUUGAAUAGUGUACUUGAAGAUGGUAUCAAGGACAGGGCGCCGUUAUGCAACUAGCAAGGUACUAUCAACUUCUCUCGAGGCCCGCUGGUGCUAUUGGCCGCCGUUGGAAGAGGAGCCACCAUUACAAUUCCUUCCGUUGCAUAUAAUUAGUAUGUCAGAGGCCAUUUCCGAUGAAGACCAAUCUUUUCGAGACACCAAUUCACGCUUACAAAGUGCAUCAUGGUUAUA